AUGAUAUCAACACCGUCAAGAACAUGCAGUCAUCUACAGACUCGUCUGCUGGCACUCGUAGUGCUUAUCUGGAAGACAACUGCCUUUCCCGCGGGCGCUGGAAGUUGCCCAGGCGGAAUGGCGGCGGUGGGGGGAUCUCACUUGGCGGGCAGCACUGUGAUCAAUGGCACUCUGGAAGAUAACGAGAUUAACUUUAGCGUCGAUGGUGAUGAAAUGCGAGUGGAUCGUCCCUUGACUGUCUUUGUCGACCAACCUACACCUUUCUUGCUGAGAGCACCGUAUAACGGUGGUGGUAUCAAGGGCUUUUUGAUUCGAAUUUCUUCCGCUACUGGCAAUUUUGAUUUGACAAACUCUCUCUCGCCUCUUUCUGCCGAGACGGAAGAAGAAGAACAAAGAAUUAACACCAAACUGGAAGGAAAUUAUUGUGGAGACCAAAAAGCGGCAGGAUUGACCCAUAAAGAUGCCGAGCCCAAGUAUUUGAUUCGAGGAGAGAUACUCAUUACCGAAGUCAUUUUCGGACCAGAUAUCACUCUUGAUGUCACGGCGGUGAUGGAAAACACAGCCGAAAAAUCCGAGUUUUAUUACACCCAAUACAAACUCAAGGCCAUUGCACAAGAAAAACCACAACCCACAGAAUCUUCUGAUGGGCCGCAGCUUAUCACCAUCUCCAAUUCCGGAGCGGUCCAGACAAAGACGACAAUUACACUGUUGGUGGGUGUUGUGGCGACAGUGGCAGGAUGGAUCAUGCCGUAA